CAGGUCGGGACUGUUUUUUUUUCUUUUUUUCGGAAGGAUCGCCUUAUGUUAGACGUGUCAGCAACUUAUUUCUGAAGCUUGUCGAGAGGCAUUCACGAUAAAUGGCAUCGUAAAUACCUGAGAAACGAGACGAGGCAGACAAGGUUUAAAGUAAAUUGAGAUCAUGGGAACUUUAAGUGCAUUAAUGCAUUUUCUGGUUUUACUUUCAUUAAUAAACUGAUUUGAAAAUGUUUCAACAUCUCUGUUCAUUUCAAUAAUAUGUUAUCCGAACGAUAUAAACUUGAAGAACAAUUUUAAAAAAUACACAACGACAGGCAACAAUAUAAUUACGAUUAUCAUUCAACGUAACUAUUUUCAUCAAAAAUUGGUUUCUACUCGUGAUUAGAGAUUGGUUGUCAAUCAAUAUCAUUACGCAUACGCGUAAUUCGAGAAUUUAUUCCCUCGAGGCGACAUUAUCGAAUAGGCAGACAUUGUCACGAAACUCACGAUCCGGCGAUAAUGACAGGCGCGUACUUUAAUCGCUUUUCGCGCACUGCAGAAAGUAGUUAAUUUCCGUUAUUGCGAGCACGUCGUGAUGUCGACGUGAAAUCGUUAUAUACGGCGCGAGAUGGACACGAGCAAUUUUGAUCAAUGUAACAGUUUCCUCAAACGAGCGGAACGCCUCCGACCUGCUCUUGCGAGCGCGAGCGUAUCGUUUACGUGAGUCAGUCUCGCUUAGGUUGAAAAGAGGUCCUCGUUUCGGGAACGAAAUCACCGGCCUGAAGAGCGGGCAUGCUUCUUGCUUAUUUUUCCCUCAAAAACAGCCAAUUUCGUGUAAUCUUCUUGCGAGAGCGGGGCGUGGCUCAGACCACAGGGAUACUUUGGUAGGCAACUACGACGUGUGUCAUUAACCGAAUCCUUCAACUGACCGUGGAUCAGUCUUCGCUUCCCCCUUUUCGAAGUUGAAUGAAUAAGUUUAGAAUUACGAAGGUGCGGUCCUCCUGGACUGACCGUCAGUUAAUGAUACGCAUAGCAAAUAAUCCAUAGACGCCCAAUAUUAUUGCGCAAUGUUUGAACGUUGCACAUUACUGAGAUCGGCAGAAGGCUACACCGAGUAUUCAAUUGUUUAGAUGAUAUUUUUCUCCCGUUUCAUAUAUCUUUCUUAUUGUCAUUUCGCACAAAAGACUCCAUGACCUACAUGUGUGUGCGUGCGCACAGUAGUGCUAAAGCAUUAAAAAAGAUCAUGUGGAGGCGUAAUUUGAAGACUCAAACAUCUCACAUAAAAAUCCUUCUCAUCUGUAACGCAUACGUCGUAUAUACUCCAACGUCUUAAUUGAACAAGAAAUCGCCAGGCAUCUCCAUCUGCGCGAUUCAAGCGCGCAAAAACGUAACAACCGGGAUGCAGGCGUAAGAGCAUUUUAGUACCGCGCUAUUAACCGGCUAAUCUAUUUCAAAAUUAAUGUCGGAAAAGAGCAGAUAUUAUCUCGCGGUGAGACCAGUCUGGCCGGUCGGCGAGAGCUCACUCUCCCUCUCUCUCUCUCUCUCACCGUUUGCCGAAUGGUGAUAAACAUCGCGUUGAUACGAAUCCAUCUUCGCGCGGGCGUAAUCAAUUGUAAACGCGUCUUCGAUAGUAUUCCCUAAGAGGUAGAGGCCUCAUCUGCUGACAUUACCGUCGUCCCACCGCUGCCCGUCUGUACCCGCCGCAGAAUCACCCUCCACUUCCGCCUGGCUUAGCAGCCACUCCUCUCAGCAGCCUCCGUUGAUACUUCCUCUCGCGCGCGUGUAUCUCGUCAGUCGGCCUGGAGCCACGUGCGUGUGCUCGCUCGAGCGGCUCCCGCACGAGCACGACAUAUCGGACAGUGUGUCAUUUUCGCGUCGAUGAAUCGCGCGAUCGAGCCAACAGAUGAACGUCUUCGCGCGGAAGUUACCAGUGUAGAAAAACGAUUGCAUUUUUCCGAGUCAUUCGUCUUCAUUAACGAAAAUCGAUUGAUGAAAAGACCGGCUGAAGAGAAUCCAGCUGCUAAUGGGCUUAAAGGGAUAUCAGUCGACUGACGAUGAACGCGAGAUAAAAUAAACGAAGUGGCCGAAGAACUACUAGCGGAAAAAGUUGAAGCGUAAAUGAAAAGCAGCUCUAAUUUAUUCGUGUCAAGAUACUGAAGCUACUGUAACGCAAGAUAUUAAAUUAUUCCACCUUUAUCGAGAAACAAGUGUGACAAGAUACUAAUGGGUGUAGAAUGCACAUUCGUAUUCAACGAAUCCGAAAUCCAGUGGCUUACGAAGAAUGUAAUCGCGCAUCAAAUGCCAACUCAAGGAAGCACCGAAAUAUCUCAUCACGAGUUGAUCGAUCAAGCAUACCGAGACGCGGCAUGAUUCGCCGCCAAUACCGACGGGCGAGAGAGUGGCUUCGGGGAAGAACAAAGAUAUCACCGCGAGCUGAGAGCGACUAGGUAGGCUCUCAAAGGUGAAGACAGACGGUUGGAAGUCGGGAGAACUAAAAAUAUCAGCCGGUUCCGCGGUCGGCCGGGCGGUGUGUGCGCGCCCGCCACGUUGUAUUCCACACACUGGACAAUUUUACCGGCUGGAGAGGUUGAGCGAUAGCUAUAGUCCAUGAGACAAGGAUCGUCUUUAAUCUCGCGAACGGCGAUUCGCGGUAAACGACCACGAUCCGGCACGAUCGUUGUUUCCGCAACGAGCCCGCCGACAGAUCGGACAUUCACACGGAACGCGAUCCCGUCGCGUCUUCACGUGUAAUUUACAUUACGGACUACGUCUACUCUCCGUCUGGCACCACUAUUACUCCUCGUCGUCGCCGUCGUCUGCUAUUUGCUGCACAUCAAAGAUAACGUCAGAAAUAACAGAUCGAGUUCGGACUUAGGACGCAGUGUCAAGGCCAAGAGCCCAUCAUAUCCCGCGACGGAUUCGACGAACGUCGUGGUGCUUGUCGUCGGAGAAUCGAGCCCCGGAGUCCUCCCGGGCUCACCGACGGUAUUUCACGACGCGGUUGUUUGAAAUUCUUCGCGUUGAGUCGCGUCCGUAUUUAUAGAUCCGCGUGUGGCGGUGCGUAGGGCCGCAUACGCCCGAGUGCGCGGCACACGUACGCUAGCCCCGUCGUCCUCCGUCCUCAGGGUGGGUGGAUAGGUAGGUAGGAAGCGAGCGGCAGCACGUCGCGAUCAUGACGCGAUGCGUCCGCGACGGGAGCACCACCGGUCUGCCUCGCCGACGAAUGCGUCCCCGUCGCCGUCGAACCGUCUGCGCCCGUCGCCCUGCUGGCUGCGAUCCACCGAUUCACUUCCGGGCAUGAUCGCCGACGACACCGCCACGAUCUUCCGGAUCCUCGUCGUCCUGCUCACCCUCGGUUGCGCGGUCACCGCCAACAGUCCGAAUGAGAAUAAAACAUUCGUCUUUGGAGUUAAGAGCAAUGUAAGCUGCCUCCAUUCGACCGUCGAUCAGCCGUCUGCCGUAGAGCAUUUGCCAAAGAACAAAGCGACAAAGUUGUCAUACUUCACAAACUGGAGCGAAUGGUCGGUAUGCGAUCGACAUUGCACGCAAAAUCGCGUCAGGAGGUGUCGAUUGGAGAAAGAUUGCGGGAUCACUGUACUUAGGGAGGAACGCGGUUGCGAACAUCAAAGAGAGGGUCGUCGAAGGCGGUGCAGACAACGCCAGCGCCGGGGACGUCGUCGAAGAAACGAAAGAUUUCACGUGGUUCAAGUACCUAAAGAAGCAGAGCCUAGGCAUGGAAAGCGAAAAGGCAAAAAUACCAAGGAGCACUCCGGAAGGCAUUACGGAAAAUGGAGUAAAUGGUCACCUUGCACGAGACUGUGCACAACCCAACGUCACAGAUGGUGUAAAAAGCCGGGUAUCUGCGGGCGCGACGUGAUACGAGAGAGCGCCUACUGCUAUGUCGAAGGUAGCUUCUGCCAAAGAUGGAUUCACCGAAAGAUUCGUGGUAGCCACGAAGAAGACGGCGAUGACUUGGUGUUAGACGAGUUCGAACUCAAUCCUAAUACCGUGGACAGUUUCACUCCAGAAAAACAUUCGAACAUUUGGAAAUGCGGAGUGGUAAACACUCAUAAAGGAUCCAGAUUAUCAUACUUUACGCGAAUCAUCGGCGGUCGUCCGACUACACCUGGAAGCUGGCCAUGGCAAGUGGCCGUGUUAAAUCGAUUUCGAGAAGCUUUUUGCGGUGGAACAUUGGUAUCUCCAAGGUGGGUAUUAACUGCCGCACAUUGCAUUAGAAAACGCCUCUACGUUCGCAUUGGAGAGCACGAUUUAACAGUGAAAGAAGGCACGGAGUUAGAGCUUAGGGUAGACUCGGUGACCAUCCACCCAAAGUACGAUGCCGACACCGUUGAUAAUGACGUGGCUCUACUUCGUUUACCAGUUACCCUGACCCCGUCCCCUUCGAGGGGAAUCGCGUGUUUGCCUGCGCCAAAGCAACCUUUACCUACGAGCCAAUUGUGCACCAUUAUCGGCUGGGGUAAAUCUAGCGUGACGGAUGAUUUCGGAACAGAUGUGCUACACGAAGUCAAAGUUCCAAUAGUGUCUCCAGAAACUUGUCGAGAGGUCUACAUGGAUUACAGAAUUACGGAUAAUAUGUUUUGUGCAGGUUAUCGCCGUGGCAAAAUGGAUUCUUGCGCGGGUGAUAGCGGAGGACCUCUGCUUUGCAGAGAUCCUCGGAAACCGGACCAUCCGUGGACAAUUUUUGGUAUCACUAGUUUCGGCGAAGGUUGCGGCAAACGUGGUAAAUUCGGUAUAUAUGCCAGACUAUCCAAUUAUGUGCGUUGGAUUACAAAGGUGAUAAAGCAAACGGACGAUUACACUUAGAAACAUGGUGCAUAUUAUAAUUGUAUUAUAAUUGUAAUUAGUGUUCAUGCAUAAACAAAGUAAAAGUGAAAAAAUAUAGCAAGUAAUUGAGAUACAAAUUUCAAAUUGUAUCUCAAUACAAUUAAAAAUGCAGAGCUACGCAUUUAAAAGUACUAAUUUAAAGUUAACACUGCAACCUGUUAUUAUAUCGCAUUUUAUUUUUUCAAAAAUAUGUUUGUAUCAUUUUAUGUAAAAAGUCAGGGAAUGAAAUGUUAUGCAGAAAUAAUUGCGAUCAAUUACA